CUGAAGGAGCCGCCGAGAGCUAAAAGGAGGAGCUGCCCCCGAAGUGGGUCCCGCCGCCGAGUGCCCCGGGGGGCCGACCGAGGCUGCAGAAGGAGGAGUGGGGGACGGAGAGCCAGGGCCGGCGGCGACGGUUCCGGCGGGACCCGGCCAAUCUCCCUUGGCGGGCGGCGGUGGCCAGCAACAGCCUCGCCGCUCAGGAGCCCUGGCAGCAACAGCAGGGGGGCAGUGGGCAAUGCCCCGGGCAGGGGACGGCCCCAGCUGGAAGAAGCAAGCGGAGGACAUUCGGGACAUCUAUGACUUCCGGGACGUUUUGGGCACAGGGGCGUUCUCUGAGGUGAUGCUGGCCGAGGAGAAGACCACUCAGAAGCUGGUGGCCAUCAAGUGCAUCGCCAAGAAGGCCCUGGAGGGGAAGGAGAGCAGCAUUGAGAAUGAGAUUGCAGUGCUGCACAAGAUUAAACAUCCCAACAUCGUGGCUCUGGAUGAUAUUUAUGAGAGUGGCGGUCACCUCUACCUCAUCAUGCAGCUGGUCUCGGGGGGAGAGCUCUUUGACCGCAUCGUUGAGAAAGGUUUCUACACGGAGCGCGACGCCAGCCGCCUCAUCCGCCAGGUAUUGGAUGCUGUCAAGUACCUCCAUGACAUGGGCAUUGUGCACCGGGACCUCAAGCCAGAGAACCUGUUGUACUACAGCCUGGAGGAGGACUCCAAGAUCAUGAUCAGUGACUUUGGGCUGUCCAAGAUGGAAAGCUCGGGGAGCGUCCUGUCUACCGCUUGCGGCACGCCGGGAUAUGUGGCCCCGGAGGUGCUUGCUCAGAAGCCUUACAGUAAGGCUGUGGAUUGCUGGUCCAUUGGAGUCAUCGCAUACAUCUUGCUUUGUGGUUAUCCCCCUUUCUAUGAUGAGAAUGAUGCCAAGCUCUUUGAGCAGAUCCUCAAGGCUGAGUAUGAGUUUGACUCUCCAUACUGGGACGCCAUCUCUGACUCUGCCAAAGACUUUAUCCAGCACCUGAUGGAGAAGGACCCGGGAAAGAGGUUCACUUGUGAGCAAGCUCUGCAGCACCCAUGGAUUGCUGGGGACACGGCCCUGGACAAGAACAUCCACCAAUCUGUCAGCGAGCAGAUCAAGAAGAACUUUGCCAAGAGCAAGUGGAAGCAAGCCUUCAAUGCCACUGCUGUGGUAAGGCACAUGAGGAAGCUGCAGCUUGGGACCAGUCAGGAGGGGCCCGGACAGACCACUCCAACCAGCCCGUGCCCUGGAGAACUGCUGAUGCCCAUGGGGGGCAGCGGUUCCCCAACUGGCUGCUGCCGGGGCUGCUGUGCAGAGACCUCUCCAGAACCUCCCACCCCAACCCCUCCUCGAUUUUAGAGUCGCUGGAUGGCAGCCACUUCCUCAGCUCUGGAGAAGUGUGUG